AAUUUAUGCCGGUUCGCUGAACGGUUUGAUUUAGAAGGAUUGGUUCUGAUAAACCGGUCGGUGAGGUUUUUUCAGUUUGCUCUCCGUCUCGCUUCACUCCUUUGCUGCAAGGUUCGCUUUACUAGUUACAUCCUGUAUAUGUGUAUAUCUAUACAUUUGCGAUUCAUUACGUUUUGAAAAUAUUCAAAGACAGGGGAGCAAAGAGCAGGAGAGAUACACCAGAAAGAGAUUGAUCAUGGCAUUCGGAGGUUCAGCUGUGGGUCCACCAGCAGGGGCAGGAGGACCAUCGGCGAUAAGGCC